AUCGUUAAUAGAGCGCAAGAGGCGCGCGCGGAGAGGGAAACCGCCAGCUGGGAGCUGUUUUCUGUCCAGUUUGUCGCGAUUUCUGGUCUCGAGUAGAGCGUCUGCAGAGUGGCUCUUCGCGGAAUAAUUACGAUGUGUCUCGAUACACGAGUGAUAUCCUAGGGCACCGAACGUGAUAUUUGAUGUGACGUUGUGCCAUCUCUAAUUAUCGGUGCUCAGUGUGAUUUUGUGUUACAGGAGAAAGUGAUCAUUUGAAUUUGUUAGUGAAUUAGUGCGUACGUAACUGCAAGUGAGUUGAAUAUCAGUUUUAACUGAAAAUACGUAAUAAAAUUAUUUGGGCACCCAGUGGAAGCCACUCAAGAUGGCGAAAAAACGGAUGGGUCUGUUCAAUACAAGUGUUCUUCUAGUCACGCUGAUCGCCAUCGGUUUUCGGCACAGCGCAGAUGGCGCCGAUUUGAAGGAACGGGCACGCGCUGCCCUCCUGCUGGAGAAGUCCAACACCGGCGGCCAGUCGCAGCAGUGCCGUGUGGCCCAGCCGCUGCCAUGUCCGCCGAGCAAGUUUAGAUCCGCCUCGGGCGAGUGUAACAACUUCAACCAUCGCUACUGGGGCGCCCGGGGCGAUCCGUUCCUGCGGCUGCUGAAGCCGGAUUACGCUGAUGCCCAAGUGAAACCUCGAACCUCGGUAGGAUCACACGCUCUGCCAACACCGGACGACAUAAUCGGGCAGCUGCAGCGCUUGAUACCGGUGCACGCAAAUCAUCCGCACGUUACCGCCAUGCUGCCUGCCUGGGGACAGCUCCUGGCCUACGAUCUGGUACAGAUCCUUUCACCACAUUCAAGUUUCCACUGCUGUCGAAACGACACUUCCGCUGCUACCGAUGAGAUUAUCCAGUGCUACGUUCGGGCCGGCUCGGACUGCAAAGAGUACAAACGAUCGGUGCCGUCCCAUGAUCCCGGAUCCUGUCGGUUUGAUUACCGCAAUCAGAUGAACGCCGCCUCUGGUUUUCUAGAUGGAUCCGGAUUGUACGGAACGACGGAGAAGGAAAUCCUUGCGUUGCGAACCUUUUCAACUGGAAAAGUUGAUAUUAAAGCCUGCCUGCGAUGUAACGAACCGGGAGCGAUCGGAGCUUUGCAUACCGUUUUGCUGAAAGAGCACAAUAGAGUUGCUGAGGAACUGUCCAGACUGAAUGAUGAGUGGAGUGAUACCACACUAUUCUACGAGGCUCGUCGCGCUGUGAUCGCGGAAAUACAGCACAUCACCUAUAAUGAGUUCCUGCCGAUCGUGCUGGGAAGCGAAAUUGCAAGCAGCUCUGAUUUAAGACUUGUUGGAGGUAAACACUACAACGGAUAUUCAUCGGCUAACCGUGGUGGAGUAUUCAAUGAAAUUGCAGUAGGAGCUAUUCCCGCUUUUUUGACAAUGUUGCCACCGGAUAUGUAUAAUGAAUCAGCUUCUGCCGAAAUUCUGAUCUCCAGUCCGGCAAUGCAGCAAACCUUUGUGCCGGAUCACGCCACCUUCAACGACGAGUGGACACCUAUUGCCUUAGCUAUUCAACGUGGUCGUGAUCAUGGCAUCCCGUCCUAUCAUAAGGCUCUGAACUUGUGUGAAAAACGCUUCGGCAUUCCGUACGGUUCUAAGCUGACUUUCGAUGAUAUGGAGUACUUUGGACUGUCGCCUGCCAAAAGGAAGUCCCUGGAAAAUAUUUACCAAGAUGCGGAAGAUAUUGAUUUACUGAUCGGUGGUCUUUCGGAAACCGCAACUCUGGGUACAGUUUUUGGACCUACGAUCACCUGCUUGCUAGCAAUUCAGUUCGCAAAUCUACGCAGUAGCGAUCGGUUCUGGUAUGAAAAUGACCUUCCACCAUCGUCGCUUAAUUUGCCUCAAUUGCAAGCCAUCCGCCGAGUUACGCUCUCCGGAUUACUCUGCGAAGCCAAGGGAGUAACGAAAGCUCAACCGAAGGCUUUCAUUCGAGAGGAUCCGUACCUGAAUGCGCGCCUGAACUGCGAUCAACUUUCCGGACUGGAAACCACCGCAUGGCGUACCGAAACGGUCGAAGAUGUCGAAGAGAUCAUAACUGAACGCACGCCAACACAUCCCGAGGUGGCUGAACUGGAUGCUGACGUUAUUAAGGACGCCAUCAAUAAGGCAAAAGAUCGACUGAAUGAGCGCAAACGUUUCGAGUAUGAGGCUUGGAAGAAUUUGGGUGGAGUUGAUGCGAAGUCUCCUGCUGGAACUGCUGCUUCCUUCAGUAAGGCCAAUAGGAACGCACUAAUCAUUGCAAACACUUCACUUCUGUACGAACUGGCUUCCAAUGAAAUCCUAGGAACGUUGCACUCGAUUCGACGCCGUAAACGGCAAGUUUUCGACAACAAUCUAGGAGCUUUCGGAGGUGAUGACUUCAACAGUGCUUUGCAGAAUAUAGAUGUCAACCAGUUUAUCACGGGUUCAAUCUCCCCUAUCAAUCUUGAACCACAGUGUGAAAACCUAGAGGCCCCAUGCGAUACGUCGACUCCAUUCCGCACGCUUACUGGCCACUGCAAUAAUCUGAGAAGCCCCGAACUGGGACAGUCACUAACUGUAUUCGCCCGUUUGCUGCCACCUGUCUACGAUGAUGGAAUUUCCCAGCCCCGUAGUAUCUCCGUUUCUGGUAGUCCGUUGCCGAAUCCGCGAUCAAUUUCUGCACUUAUUCAUCCGGAUAUAUCGAACCUGCACACUCGGUAUUCGUUGAUUGUUAUGCAGUACGCUCAGUUUUUGGAUCACGAUCUCACGAUGACGCCUAUCCACAAGGGCUUCCACGAGUCAAUCCCCAGCUGUCGAUCGUGUGAUUCACCUCGAACGGUUCACCCUGAAUGCAAUCCUUUCCCCGUGCCACCGAGGGAUCAUUACUAUCCGGAGCUGAACGUAACCAGUGGUGAACGACUGUGCUUCCCGUUCAUGCGUUCGCUGCCAGGCCAACAAACGCUGGGACCCCGAGAACAGAUCAACCAAAACACUGCUUUCUUAGAUGCAUCGCAGGUUUAUGGCGAAAAUGGUUGCGUUGCCAAAGGCUUACGUGGAUUUUCCGGUCGUCUUAACUCUACCAUCCAUCCAAUCCGGGGCAAAGAAAUGCUACCGCAGACACCCAUCCAUCCGGAGUGCAAAUCAGCUAGUGGUUAUUGUUUCGCUGCUGGUGAUGGACGAGCCUCCGAACAGCCCGGACUUACCGUCAUGCAUACACUUUUCUUGCGAGAACACAACCGAAUCGUCGAAGGACUUCGUGGUGUCAACCCACACUGGAAUGGAGACCAACUUUACGAACACGCCCGUCGUAUUGUAAUUGCCCAAAAUCAACACAUCAGCUACAAUGAGUUCUUACCUAGAAUUCUCAGCUGGAAUGCUGUCAAUCUGUACGGCCUCAAACUGCUGCCACAAGGUUACUACAAAGACUACAAUCCAACAUGUAACCCAGCGAUUGUUACCGAAUUCGCUGCAGCGGCAUUCCGUAUUGGUCACUCACUGCUGAGACCACACAUUCCACGUCUAAGUCCUCAGCAUCAACCAAUCGAUCCUCCGAUUCUACUGCGUGAUGGCUUUUUCAAAAUGGAUAUCUUCGUUCAACAACCUGGUCUGAUAGACGAAAUCGCUCGUGGUCUUGUGGCUACACCCAUGGAAACCCUGGAUCAAUUCAUCACAGGAGAAGUAACUAACCACCUAUUCGAGGAUCGUCGUAUUCCGUUCUCCGGAAUCGAUCUGGUGGCGCUGAAUAUUCAGCGAGCUCGCGAUCACGGAAUUCCUUCGUACAAUAACUACCGUGCACUUUGCAAUCUGAAGAGAGCCCAAAACUGGGAAGAUCUAAGCCGUGAAAUGCCCCCGGAGGUGAUUUCUCGGUUGAAGCGUAUGUACAGCAGCGUUGACGAUAUCGAUCUUUUCCCCGGCGGUAUGUCCGAACGUCCCCUGCAGGGUGGUCUGGUUGGACCAACCUUCGCUUGCAUCAUUGCUAUCCAGUUCCGACAGCUGCGCAAAUGCGAUCGCUAUUGGUAUGAGAACGACGAUCCAGUUGUUAAAUUCACCGAAGCACAACUGGCCGAAAUUCGAAAAACAACUUUGUCCCGAAUCAUCUGUGAAAAUCUGGAUAUUCAGGGUGAUAUGCAGCGUGCUGCUUUUGAUCUACCCAGUAAUUUCCUCAACCCACGUGUACCAUGCAGCUCAAUGCAGCAAAUAGAUCUCAGUGCUUGGCGCGAAAAUGUGGUCCAGGGAUGUCACAUUGGAGGAAAGCACAUCAACGUUGGUGAUUCGGCCUUCCCUUCGCCCUGCACGAGUUGUAUCUGUACAAAUGAGGGGCCACAAUGCGCCUCGUUGCGUAUCACUGACUGCGCUCAGUUGGCCCGCGAAUGGCCCCGUGAUGUGAUUCUUAGAGACGACGUGUGCAGCGCCCAGUGCGGGCUGGUGCUCCAGAACGGCGGAAACGCCCAGGCACGCCAGAUUCCCAUUAAUCUGCGCCCGCCACCACAACGAGUAUCCCGUUCUCGGGUUGUCCAACAGCAGGCAGCAAUAGCGGUUGGCUUCCAAGGUUUCCAGUUUCCCGAUCUGACGCAGUUCAUCGGUUAGAAAUUAUCCAGCAAACGUAACCUUACAAUUAUUAUAAUUAUUAUGUACAUAUUGAGCGGCCAUAUUACUACUUUCUUCGUACCAAUUUAGAAGAACAAAAUUUUUGCGCUAGGAAGUUUUUUUCUGAUUCUUCAACUGCCCUUAGGAUGAUUCUUUCAAUUAUUUUACCUAUUACUCUAGACGUUACAAUCGUUGCAGUGAUCUAUAUUUAUUGUAAAUAUUAGGAUGUAAUUCAACCAAGGAAAAAAAACAUACUUGCUUUCGUAGUUGUUUAAUGUAAUGUCUGUUCCAACUUUUUGCGGUAAAAAAACUACACUACACAAGCGGUUGUAAACUAUUUUAAGCUACGUUUCUGUUUUUUGGUGAAUACCAACCAGAUCGAAUUAUUUUACUCACUGUGCAAAUAACGACGUAAGUUAAACGAUAUGUAUGAAUAUGAAAAAAAACGAAAAGUUCGCUAUAUAAAUAGAUAUACGUGGAAUUGCAGCGUAUCUGCAGACGUCAAAUUUUCAGGAUGAAAAUUGAUUGCACCUGAAAAUGAUAAAUGAUCGAUAUACGACAAGUCCAGCUUUUUACUGAGCAUGGAUAAGAACGGAACAGUUUUAAAUAAAAUGAAUUAUAAAUUAA